AUGUCCGACCUUGCAGUCGAGCUCACAGCUCCCAAUGGUAGGAAGUACAUCCAACCAACUGGUCUGUUCAUCAACAAUCAAUGGGUAAAGAGCAGCAAUGGCCAGAAGUUAACUUCUAUCAACCCUACUGAUGAAUCCGAAAUCACCUCCGUUUACGCAGCAACCCCCGAGGACGUUGACACAGCCGUUGCUGCAGCUCGCAUGGCCCUUAAAGAUCCCUCCUGGCGGGAUAUAUCUCCCACAGACCGCGGAAACAUGAUGAUUACUCUCUCUGAUCUGAUCGCGAAACAUGCGGAAACGCUGGCUACAAUUGAAACGUGGGAUAACGGAAAGCCAUACAAUGACUCCCUAGGCGGGGAUGUUGAGGAGGUCAAAGGCUGUUUGAAAUAUUAUGGCGGAUAUGCAGACAAGAUCCAUGGGCAGACGAUUGAUGUCGGACCUUCGAAAUUUGCAUAUACGAUCAGGGAGCCGGUGGGCGUCUGUGGGCAGAUAAUUCCCUGGAAUUAUCCUCUUGCAAUGGCGGCAUGGAAAUUAGGUCCCGCGUUGGCUUGCGGAAAUGCAGUUGUCAUCAAAGCUGCAGAGCAAACGCCGCUGAGUAUUCUAUACUUCGCGAACCUGAUUAAAGAGGCUGGGUUCCCUCCUGGCGUGGUUAACAUCCUCAAUGGAUACGGAAGGGAGGCUGGAGCGGCCAUUGCAACCCAUCUGGGUAUUGAUAAGGUUGCGUUUACCGGAAGUACGGCCACUGGGAAGGAGAUUAUGAAGAUGGCUGCUGUCAAUAUGAAGAAUAUCACCUUGGAGACGGGUGGCAAGUCGCCUCUUAUUGUAUUCGCUGAUGCUGAGCUUGAUCAAGCGGUCAAGUGGGCGCAUGUCGGAAUUAUGUCCAACCAAGGCCAAAUCUGCACCGCCACUUCCCGCAUCUUAGUUCAAGACUCAAUCUACGACUCCUUCGUUUCAGCCUUCAAGAAACAAGUCCAAGAAGUCUCCGUGGUCGGCGACCCCUUCGCCGAAACAACCUUCCAAGGGCCACAAAUCACCAAAUCACAACAUGAGCGAGUCCUAGGAUACGUAAAAACUGGCAUAGAAGAAGGCGCCACACUAGUCGCUGGUGGGGAAGCAUUCGUCAAGGAGGGCAGCGCCUCGGAAAAGGGCUUCUUCAUCACUCCAACUGUCUUUACUGGGGUCAAACCUAGCAUGAAGAUCUACCGCGAAGAAGUAUUUGGGCCCUUCGUAGUCAUUGCUUCGUUCAGCACCGAGGAAGAAGCUGUUAACAUGGCUAAUGAUACUAUGUACGGACUUGGUAGUGCUGUCUUCACACGCGAUCUCACACGUGCGCAUAGGGUUGCCAGGAAUAUUGAGGCCGGUAUGGUUUGGAUUAAUAGUAGUAAUGAUUCGGACUGGAGAAUUCCGUUUGGGGGGGUCAAGCAGAGUGGUAUUGGACGCGAGCUAGGUGAGGCUGGCCUUGCGGGGUACACGCAGGUUAAGGCUGUGCACGUCAAUAUGGGGACUAGGCUCUAG